AUGAAAAAAAAUGAGUAUUUGGUUCAGAUUGCUGUGAUUGAAGCAAGAGAUUUAGUGGCUAAAGAUUCUUCCGGCUCAUCUGAUCCAUUCGUUAAAAUUACUGUUGGCAACCUUCCAACCUAGGUGAGUACUGCCAAAAUGAAAGCCACUACUGCAGUGUUUAAUUAGAAUUUUACUUUUGAAGGUUUAAAGAUGUCAGAUGUUGAUUUUGAAAAUUUUGAAGCCAAAAUAGAAGUCUUUGAUUAGAACUAAUUUUUUCAAAAUGAAUUAAUUGGAAUUCAUUCAAUUGGAUUGGCAACUCUUUAUAGAAAUCCAUCUCAUGAAAUUUACAACUCAUGGCUCAGACUUACACAUCCAAAAGAAGUAAAUAAAGUUUAAGGAUAUAUUUUGAUCUCUGCUUAUAUCAUUGGAUAAAAUGAUGCUCCUCCUGUUCAUGAUGCUAAUGAAAAUAAUGUAGAAGAUGAACCAGAUCCUUUUGGGGGUGUUCCAGAUGAUCAGUUAACAGGCGAACAACUAUAAUAAAGGAGGGAAAAUUAAAAGAAAAUUGCUAUGGUGUGCAAACCAAUGCCAUACACAAAACUUGCUUAAUUAAUGGUUAACAUUGUGAAAGCUGAAGAUCUACCAAUUCUUAAUGGGACAACUAUUGAUAGUUUUAUCUCAGUUAGAGCUAAUGGUAUAACCUAAAUUACAAGCGUUUUGAAAAACUAAUAAAAACCGUAAUAUAGAGUCAGAAUGAUGUUUCCGAUUAAUUUCCCUUUAUAAAAUGAUAAAAUUAUUAUAAGAGUUUGGGAUAAAAGAGUUUGUAUGGCAGAUACUUUUAUAGGUUAGAUACCAGAGUUUCCUUCCGAAAAUGACUUUUUUAAUAUGACGUAUUUGUAAAGUAAAGGAGGAGUUUUGCCAUUUAGAUGGUUUUCGCUGUAUGGGAUUCCAACGAAUGAACGACCAUCAACCUAUGAAUCAAAUGUUCUUGGAUACAAGAAAAAUCCAAGAGGAACUUGCUAUAUGGGUAGAGUUCUAUUAUCUUUAAAUCUAACACCAUCUGAAAAGCCUGAAAAGCUUGUAUAGCCAUUAGGUAUUUACCGAGAACCUUCAAUUGAAAAAUACAUGUUAAGAUUGGAUACUUAUGAAGUGAAUCAAGCAAAAGACCUAGAUGAAUUUAUCUUUAUUAGAGUGAGAGUUGGAAAAGAGUAUUUUGAUUCUUCAGAGGCUGACUGUAAGUCUCCUGGGCAAUUUGUUUGGAGAAACAAAGUGAUUCUAAAAGCAUGGGAAGUGGAAGUUCCAAAAAAUCCGAGCGAAUAAACCGACUUGUUUUUUGAGUUAAUGAAUAAAGAAAAGAAAAGAGUUGCUUAUAUUAGACUACCUGCCACAAGCCCAGAAUUGACUAAUGACAAACCAUAAUGGUAUGAAUUUAAGGAUUUAAAAUUAAAAGGAGAAUAAGAGGGAGUUCAUAGUUAUGUUUUGAUGAACAUACUCUUCGGAUAAAUAAAUAUUAUUUCCUAGAUUCCAAAAAUUAUUGUGAAAAAGAAUAUGGUUCUACCAUAUAUUUGUAAGAUUUACCUUUAUUGUGGCUUUGACUUCUGUCCUGACAAAGUAAAUGAUGAAAUUUCAUUGAGUUAUGAAGUUAGAAUUGCAAAUUAAGUUUAUAAAUCUGAAUAAAAUAAAAAUAGCAAGAAUCCAAUUUGGAAUCAAUGUAUUAGAAUUCCAGUUAGUAUGGAAUAAAAUUUAGAAUUUGUAUCAAAUUUGGUGAUAUCCUUUUUCAAUAAUAAAGAACCUAUUGGAUAAGCAAAUGUGUCAGCAAUCAAUUGCAGAGUCUCUGAAGAGGAAUAAAUAGAACCAAUAUAUUAGAUAUUUCAUAUACUUCAUAAUGGAAAGUCAAAAGGAAGAAUUAUUCUUGGAGUGACUUUAUAAAGAAAGAAAAAAAAUGAUAAAAUUGAUCCUAAAAUUAAUGUAUCCGAAAUCUUCACUCAAUUUAAAGAAUAUAAAUUACUUUUUCCAGUCUAUGCUAUCAGAUAAUUACCCAGAAAACUUAGAAAAGCUCAACUAAUUGCUAGAAUAUCUAAUCCAAAUUAAGAUUCAGUUGUAAAAGUGGAUUCGUAUUUACAAGGAGAUGAAGAGGAAACCAGAUUUAGCCCUGGAUAUACAGAUCCAAACUUCUUGUCACUUCUUAUUUUGGAUAUACAGUUACCUGAGAAUCCUCUUUUGAUGCCAUAAUUAAAUGUAGAAAUCUACAGCAAGGAAGGAUUAGCUUAAAAAUAUUACUUUUCUGUUCCCUUAUAUAAUCUAUAUCCAGGAUUGGAUCAAAAAGUCUAACAUAAACUUAAUGCUUAUUAUUAUGCUACUCUUGAAAGUGGUAUGCUGAGCUCUAAUGUUCCACCUCCAGAUAUAACUCCUUAAAUAUAAGAAGAAUAAACAGAAGAACAAGAACAAGAGGAAUAAGAAGAACCAAAAACAAUAUUCACUAAAAAAUCAAUAAAGCCAAGCACUAAGGAGAAAUAAUCAACAAAGUCAAAGUAAUCUACAAAAUAAUAAACUGAAGUUUUAGCUUAAGCUUUAGAAAAAUCAAGUGAUGUUAUAAAGAAACGAAUGAGAACCAGAGGGAUAGAAAAUGCUUAUGUACAAGAUGAAAUUGUAUUAAUUCUUGAUGAUGAAGAUGUAAUAAGAGAAUAAUUGAUCAAAAAAGAGAAAUAGUCAAAACUUACAAAGUUAUUAAAGUCUUUACCAAAAUCUUUAAACACAGAAUUAAAUAAAUAAUUUUUGAAGAAGGCUAUUUUAGAACAGAUUUUUAAAGUAUAAGAUUUAUAAGCCUUUUUUACAGAAAGAACAAUUGAGCUAUCAGAUGAUGGCAUUGAUUAUGGACGUUCAAUCAUCAAAGGACAAUAUGAUACAGAGAUUUAAAAGGGCCUUCCAUUCUAAAGAUAUAAAAUAUACGAGUUAAACAAAAAUGGGUCUGGAUUAGGAUAAGAAACAAGUGCCAUCUUAAAAGCAGAUGUCAAAUUAAUUAAUGUUAGCACUUUUAAAUAAACUGUCAAACAGUCUCAACAAAAUGAGGAUAAGAAAACCAAAAAAUCUGAAUUAGUUGAAAAAGCUGAGUAUGUCAAAAGAUUAAGAUCAGCAGAUUACCCAUUUGAUUUUUUCGAUCCAGUUUUUCAUGAUUAUUUAAAAUAACAACAAUUUAGAUGCAAAGUCAGAGUUUAUAUAUAUAGAGGUUUGAGUUUAGCAGCCUAAUCAGAAAAUAUAGACGCUUAUCAUUAUAUGGCAGGAGAAUAAUCAAGAAAUUCUGCAAACCCUUAUCUUGAAAUUGAAGUUGGAGAACCUGGUGCCGAUCCUGGAGAAUUCGUAAAAAAAGUAUCAGACCCUGACAAAUUUAUUUCCAAUACUCUUAAUCCAACAUUUCUAAGGUCAUUUGAAUUGGAUGCAAUUCUUCCUCAAGAUUGCUUUCUUCACAUUAGGGUAUUUAAUAAAGGAGGCUUAACAAAUAAGCUUAUCGGUGCAGUUAAAAUUGAUAUUGAGGAUAGACUGAUGGGGGAAAAGAAGCUAAAAUCAAGGCUUUCUUGUGAAGCAUAUAAAGAUUAUUUUUUAAAUGAUUUAGAAAGAUUAAAAUACACUGAUAAUGCUGAUGAUAUUAAAUUAAGUUACUAGGCUGAAAUAGCAAAUCUUACCUAAAAGAUAGAAUCGAUAACGACUCUAGAAAUUCCUGUAGAAUACUAAUAAUUGAGACAUCCAGAUAAACUAGUCUCUUAGGGUUAAUUAGAAAUGUUUGUUGAAGUUCUACCUUUAGAAGUUUCUCGUCUAAUUCCUCCAGCGUUGUUAGUGGAAAGGCUUCCUUAAGAAUACGAAGUUAGAGUAAUUGUUUGGGAAACUUUCAAUAUACCCUUAAACCCAGUUAAAAAAGCUGUUGAUAUCUUUGUUAGAUGUGUAAUGGAUUCCUCAGCCACCGGAACUGGAUCGGAAAUCGGAAAGGAAACUGAUACACAUAUGGGCAGUACUGAUGGAAAUGGGGAAUUUAAUUGGAGAAUGAAAUUCAAUUUCAAAACGCCUUGUUAAUUUCCAAGAAUGAAAAUUAGCGUUCAUGAUUUUUCUGUUUUUGGUGCAAGCCCUAUAAUCGGAGAAGCCACCAUCAGUCUUAAGAGAGUAUUAACAGUUAUGAAAACUUAGGCAAUUUAUGAAAUGGCACCUACUUAAAUUAAGCUAAGUUCUGCCAAAGAGCCAGAUGCUGAAAAAGGAACGGUCAUGUUACAAAUGACAAUUUUAUAGAAAAGUAUGGCAGAGGCUAAACCAGUUGGAGAAGGUUAGGAAGAGCCAAAUAUAGAUCCUUUUUUAAAAAAACCUACUGAAGGUAGAGGACUAGGGGCUUUUUUUAAGGGAAUAGGAAUACCAUGGGGAAUGAUAUGCAAAUAAGCCUGCAUGAUUCUACUUCCUAUGUUUAUUUCAGCAUUGGUCUCCUUCAUUCUUUUUGUAAAACCAGGAAUUUUAAUGCCUUAGACGCCAGGUGGUUGA